UUUGAUCUGUCAAAAAACCAAGAGCCUCCCCUUGCACUGUACUAAUUCGUGGCGUUGGGACAAAACUGAUACCUUAGAGCGUGCUUGUUUAGAAGAACAUCACUAAAUCUUGGUUUGAUUGUUGUUAUAACCUAAAAGUGUCGGAUUCGCUGUUUUUUAAAGAGCACACCUGCUAUGCUAACAGGCUAACCAAAAACAUACAUGGCCCAUGGGUUGACGGUUUAGCAGGAAGUAAAAACUCACUGCAGACGCUUUAAUCUGUUCGGAGAAUGGACCUUUGAGUGAUAGCGAUGCUAGACAGAUGAGAUGAAGCCUGAACGUCAGAGUCCUGCCAUGGCYGAGGACAGGGAGCUGAGUCCAUCGGGGAGAGGAGCUGGGUCAUCCGGCCSUCGGGUCCGGCGGCUCUUCAGAAGUUCGACCCAUUUCCGGAGCCUUGUGGACGGCCUGCUGACUCUCAGACAGACUGGCAUCUUGUUUGAUGUGGUGCUGCUGGUGGAGGGUCGACCUAUCCAAGCCCACCGUAUACUCCUGGCAGCCUCCUGUGAUUAUUUCAGGGGGAUGUUUGCUGGAGGCCUCCGGGAGAUGCAGCAGAACGAGAUCCCAAUCCACGGAGUUUCCUUCAUGGCCAUGACAAAAAUCCUGGACUACAUCUACACGUCUGAGAUUGAGUUGGACCUGGAGAGUGUUCAGGAGGUCCUGAUAGCCGCUACGCUGUUGCAGCUUGAAAAGGUCAUUGGUUUCUGCUGCGACUUCCUGUUCUCCUGGCUGGACGAGAGCAACAUUUUGGAGGUGCACCACCUGGCGGAUCUGUACGAACUGCAGCUGCUCAAAGCCAGGGUCCACUCCUACAUCCUCAGGAACAUUCAGACUUUGUCUCGGACAGACGUGUACAGGCGGCUCCCCGAAGAGGACGUCUUCAGAGCGCUGAGCAGCGACGAGCUGCAGGUGGCCAGCGAGAACGAGGUGUACGAGGCGGCACUGCACUAUCAUUACAGCCCUGAGGAGGUGGAGACUGACCAGGUGUACUUGCAGGUCAGUCCGAAGGACAAUCUCCGAAUGCUCGAUGCCGUGCGCUUCUGUCUGAUUGAGAAGCAAACGUUGCAGAGGCUCCACAGCCGGCUGAAGCAGUGCCCGCUGAAGGACUCGGUGUCCGCGGCGCUGCAGUACCACGAGCAGGAGAUCUGGCAGCCCGAGCGGCAGACCCCUCUCACUCAGCCGCGCUCCACCUUCCACUGCGUCCUGGGCUUCGGGGGCAUGUUCAGCUCCAGCUCCCCGGCGGACAACGAGCACCCGUUCCACGUCUUCCACCCGAGCUGGAGGGAGUGGAGGACUCUGGCUGGCGCUCCCACGCCACAAAUGUCCAACCAGGGCAUCGCCGUCCUGAACAACUUCGUCUACCUGAUCGGAGGGGACAAGAACACGAGCGGGUUUCGGGCAGAGAAUCGCUGCUGGAGGUACGACCCUCGCCACAACAGGUGGUGCUCCAUCCAGCCUCUGCAACAGCAGCACGCGGACCACUGCGUCUGCGUGGCGGGCGGCCAUAUUUACACCAUCGGCGGGCGCGACUACCGAGCCGAGCUGGACUYGGUGGAGCGCUACGACCCGCACACCAACACGUGGGAGUUUGUGUCGUCUCUGAAGAGAGAGGUGUAUGCCCAUGCCGGAGCUGUGGCGGAUGGUAGGAUUUACAUAACGUGUGGGCGUCGAGGGUCGGCGUACCUCAGAGAGACGUACUCUUAUGACCCAGCAGCCAAUCAGUGGGCAGCGUGUGCGGAGGGGCCAGUGGAGCGGGCGUGGCACGGCAUGGCGGCCGUUAAUGGACGCGUGUAUGUCAUCGGGGGGAGUAACGAUCAGCGUGGGUAUCGACGUGACGUCCUGAAGAUGGCAUGCUAUGACCCCGCAUCAAACUCUUGGUCUCUGUUGAGCCCCCUCCCCUCCGGACACGGCGAGCCCGGCAUAGCUGUGCUGGACAGCCGCAUCUACGUCCUUGGAGGACGCUCGCACGACCGAGGCAACAGGAUGAAAUACGUUCACGUGUACAACACGGACUCGGAUGAGUGGGAAAACGAGACGGAGCUGAAGGAGCGUGUCUCUGGCCUGGCGGCCUGUGUGGUGCUCCUGCCUCCUGCCGUGAUGGCUCAGGCCCGGGGCUGGGAGCAGCGCACCAAGGCCUCAGACAUYGAGAACUCAGAGGACUCCAGUGAGGAUUGAAGCAGCUUUCAAUCAGCACUUCCUGUCCAGCGCCUUGACUUUGUUACUGAUGGUUUUUUUACCUGGUCAUGCAUCACGUAUGAAUUUGCUUGAUUUUGAGUGCCUCUGAGCUGAUGUCACUUUCUGUUGUUACUUCAAACACCUGUGGUACUCAYGUCAUCCAGGAACCCAAAUCCACUGACAUGAUCUAAAUCAGAGAUUCUUAACCCUUGGGCCACGUCACAAAUUAUCACAAAUGCGCAUGUGCAAAGCGGGCCGACCUCACGAGUUUUAUCAGGAAAAAGCUGAGGUUGCUAUUGAAAUGCCAUUUGGAUUGCACAAAUUCAACAGGUGAAUUCACGCUGUUAAACGUAUUUGCUCUAAACAAAUUUGUGUUCAAUUCAAUUCAAAAAUUACUUUAUUGAUCCCAGAGGGAAAUUAGGUAAAAAAAUUAAGUCAAACUUUCCUUUAGGAUCGUAGAUGAGAAAUUUCAUAAAUAUCCAAGCUAUAUGUGUGCUUUUUGAGCUCGCUGAAUUUGCACAAUUACAAUGACAUUUUAGCAACCUUUUACCUGGUUGACCUGUGACCCAGAAGAGCUAGGCUUUGCUAUGCGCAUGCACAUUUGUGAUACAUUUUUAUCUACAAAAUGGUCUAUUGUGCCACAAUUGCCACUUUGAAGAUGUCAACAGAUAAAUCUGUUUUCAGCUGUGGGCCAUGAGGGCAGCAGGAUGUCAUUGGUUUUGGACUGAGUUGCAGUACACUUUCUCACCACUAGGAGCGGUAGUGCGCUGCUCAGAUGUUAAUGUGUUGAAGAAGAGCCUUAGCCAUAUGCUAGCAAAAUUCAGAGGAAUAAAAGCGUAUUUUAAAAAAGUUAAAGCCAAAAAGUGAAGAAAACUUGCCCAAAAGACCAAAAUUGUUUGUAAGUAUAAUGCAGAUUUUAUCAAAUAUGUUUUAUUCAUGGGACUAACGAUUCAACAAAGCACUGAAGCCAAAACAGCAUUUAGAGUUUGUCACUAUAGAAGAGCAGCUUCUGGUGAAAACAAGCAAACAAAAACUAUUUUUGUGUUUGUGGGGGUAAUUUAAUUGUGUAAAAGUUCCAGGGAACGUGAUUAAUUUAAUAUUUACGUGCUGAGGCUGUCAGAGAGAUGUUUGAGGGGUGGAGGUGGGAUGCUGUUUAUUUAUUUUUUAAUAUUUUAGUUCUGACCUUWUAUGUUUUGUUUAUGUCACAACCAGAAGUUUAACAGUUCAAAAUGGAGCCACCAGGGACAYAAUUAAAAACCAUAAAGACAGGACCAAACAUUAGGGCAAACUGUAUUUUCUAUUUUGUAGUAUUUCUCUGUCAUUAGAUUUCCCAGACUAGUUAAUUUUGUUACAAACUCACGGUGUUCAGUGUGCGACACAAACAACAACAUAUGUGUAGAUUAGAACAAAUUUCAAGUAGGGUCCAUGAUCUCAGAUCAUCUCAAAGACUAGUUCUGUUCUUCCUUUCAUCAAUAUAUAGCCAUUUUAUGUUGUUAUUAACCCUAAAUAUUUAGAAAAAUGCACUUCAAAUGGCUGGAAAUGCAUAGUUUUGAGUAGAUUUUUUUCUAAAUUUUCCAUCUGGACCCUCGUAGGAUCACCUUGCGCUGCUGGCGUGCUCUACUACGGUUAGGUGUUUCUGCCACCAGCAAAUGUUGACAGGUAUAUAUAACUGUUUGUCAUAAUCAUGUCUUAUGAUUUACUGUAUAUGACAAGGUCUUUGCUUGUUAAACUGUAAGUGUAAUUCAUUUAGUUCUAAAGCAAACACAAUACAAAUUAAACUAAGAUUGAGAUCAGUUAUCAGUUUGAUCAGUACAUUGUAAUGUCUGAAUGGACCUCGUGCCACUUUGGAUUCAACAGGUCAAAAAGGUUAAGAACCCCUGAUCUAAAUCACUGAACACAUCUGACUUUCUUGAAAAGACUCCAUCUUUAUUCCUUCAGGACUUUUUGUUACAGGAUCUGUUAAGAUCCACGUUGAGUGUUUCUUGGUUUUCUUGGGAAUACUGUCUGGCUCACAUUAAAAAAAACCUCACUCGUGCCUUGUUUUGUACUCACAUCCUCAGAGUGCCAUGUCUGACCAUGACACAGAAACCAGGUUUUUGUGAAGUGAAAACCAAACCAUUACGGACUCUUGCGUUUUUUUUUUUAAAUUAUUUUAUUUUCUAAUUAACAUCAUGAUUUUGAAAUAUUCUGGCUCUGUGUCACGUGAUGCUGCAAGCAUCUGUUUGUUCCUUCUGCUCAGUUUUAACACCUCUACCACUCUGUGUCGAGUUACUGUUGCAAAACCAAAAAUAAGAAUUUUGUUUUGA